AGAAUAAUCACAUUAUUAGCGCAAACCCAUAAUCCUAAUUUCAUGUUGUCUUUUCUCGUUCCUCAGGACUCAGGAACUUCCCUCCCAACUAACCCACAAUUAGUUUAUUCUUAGUUCAAUACCUUUGCUUAUACAAUUUUAUGGUGUAUAGUUGUCUUUGUAUUGGUAUUUAACUCUCUUUGCCCAUCACAUUCCCCACCUCUCUUUCCGUGAGAAAUUCUCUCCCCUUCUCCAAGCAAAGCCCUCACCUUUUUUAUAUUCCUUCAGCCUUUGCUUUUGCUUUCUCUCUCCUUUCUGGCGUCUGGGUUUCUGUGUUCUUUAUCUUCAUUGAGAUCUGGUUCAAGUAUGGGUUUUGUUGAAGGAAGUGGCACUAACUAUAGAGGCACAACCACAAAGGAUGGCCUAAAUGCUCUGUACAGCACACAUGCAGAUCAGGACUGUGACUGUAAUGAGCAUAAAUUCAGAGAUAUUUUGACGAGAAUGUUUUGGGAUUUUGGCUUGGCUUGUUUUCUGCCUUCUCGCCAGAGUAGAGGCUUGGGGAAGAAUCAUGGCAAUUGUGAGAAGAAAUCUGGGAAUAAUUUGGAGCACAACAAGGCAUGGUUGCUUGCGGAGUCUGGUGGGUGUGGAGCAGAAUUGACCAGUGCUGAGCCACAAUCAGUUCACUCGUCUUUCAGGUUCAGUUUCUGCUCUCAAGUGGAGCUUGAGGCCAUGAAUGCGAGUUCUUUGACAUCUGCAACCGUUUUGAUGGUGAAUUUGGAUAAUGGGUUUAGCGAGGCAAGAACUAAGGAGCUCAAAUGGAGGAGAAUUGAGUCUUUGGAGAAGAGCAUCUCACCCGUGGCCAACUCUUUGGUUAGGUUCAGCUAUGGUGAAAUUCUUGCAGCCACUCGAAAUUUCUCUAAAGGCAGAGUUUUGGGAAGAGGAGCUUUGAGCUUUGUUUUCAGGGGAAGAAUUGGGUUUUUGAGGACUGCUGUGGCUAUUAAAAGGUUGGAUAAGGAAGACAAGGAGUCUCCUAAGUCCUUCUGUAGAGAGUUGAUGAUUGCUAGCUCUUUGCACAACCCAUACAUUGUUCCUCUUCUGGGAUUUUGCAUUGAUCCUGAGGAGGGACUCUUCUUGGUGUACAAGUAUGUCUCUGGUGGAAACUUGGAGCGCCAUUUGCACGACAAGAAGAAGAAGGGAGUUAAGGCACGGUCUUCGGGACUGCCUUGGUCUGUAAGGUAUAAGGUUGCCUUAGGAGUAGCAGAAGCAGUAGCAUUUUUACACAAUGGAACUGAUAGAUGUAUUGUUCAUAGAGACAUUAAGCCCUCUAACAUUCUUCUUUCUUCCAAGAAAAUACCCAAGUUAUGUGACUUUGGAUUAGCAACUUGGACAACAGCACCCUCAGUUCCAUUUCUUUGCAAAACUGUUAAAGGAACAUUUGGUUAUUUGGCUCCUGAGUAUUUCCAACAUGGAAAAGUAUCUGAUAAGACUGAUGUUUAUGCUUUUGGGGUUGUCUUGUUGGAGCUGUUAACUGGACGGAAGCCAAUUGAGGCAAAUAGGCCUCCAGGGGAAGAGAAUUUGAUCCUCUGGGCAAAACCUCUCUUGCAUAGAGGCAUGGCAGCUGUUGAAGAGCUGCUUGACCCACAGCUCAAAUGCAAUGUAAAGAAUUCAACUCAAAUAGCAAGAACGAUUCAAGCUGCAGCAGCUUCCAUAAACAAUGAAGAAUCUAGAAGGCCAUGCAUAGAUGAAAUCAUUGCUGUGCUAAAAGGUGAAGUAGAACCAGUUUAUUCAAUUAGAAAGAAGUCUAAUUUUUCUGGAAUCAUCGAUUGUUACUCUCAAUUACCUCAGAACAAAACUGAGAUGAAUAGUCACUUAGCUUUAGCAAUGCUAGGAGUUUCAGAGUUUGACGAUGAUGACCUUUACUGUCGCUGAAAGUACUAAAUCUACAUUUUAGCUAUCCAUUUUUUUUUAACCUGUUUUUCUUGCUUGAAGAGAAAGGGAUAGACAUUAUAAACCCUCAACCCCCCCCUCCUCACACCCCAAAAAAAAAAGAAAAAAAAGGGUGUUCAAAAUUGUAAAUAGAAAUAGGAGUGUCUAAUGAGAUUGUGUACAUAACUUGAAUCUGCAUGUUCCCCUACUCACAAUGGAUAUUCUCUUCGUUUUCAUUUGAAGUUGAGAUUGUUUGAACUGCACUUUAAUGUUGAUUGUAGUAUAUAUAUGUAUAUUUUUUGGGCGUUUGAUAGUAGUAUUGU